AUGAUCUUUUUGCUGAAAGUAUUAAUUAUUAUUGUAUAUUUAGGUACAUCCAAUCUUAAUAUCCUUCUUAUAUCCUAAUCAGCAAUUUUUCAAGCAAAAGGAGCUCUCAUACAUUAAGGAGAGUUUGUUAAUCAUCAAGGCUAUGACUUGA